CCCAAAUCCAAAACGUCGCAGGCAGGGUCCAGCGUUUGUGUGGUAUGCGCGGCCUGAGUCUGUUUCAGCAUCCUUAUGCUUGUUGAAGGGUAAAAGACUAAAAAUGGCUAAGGCUUACAAGGAAUAUGGCGUACCACUGGAAAGAGUACCACGGAUAAGUAGCACUGACGAGGAGGCAGAAAAGCGCAUAAGGAACAUGACACCUGUAAUACUCACAGACACCAACCUGGUGACCAGCGCCUUGAAAUGGGAUCUCGACUACUUGGUGGAUAAUUUGGGAGAGGAAGAUUUCACUGUGUUCGUAUCGGAUAAACGCAUCUUCAAGUACUACGAUGAGGGCAAGGUGAAGGAACACAAAUUGGAAGGAUUCGACCCUCCUGCAAAACGAGAGGAAAUGAAAAUAUGGGAAUUCGCAAAAAAAUUAAAAUCCAACGAUGGAAAAAAAUAUUACCUACAACAAUCGCUAAAUGACGCUGUUGGCAAAAACAUUGUGAAAGAUUUCCUGUGCUUCAACUGGGAAUGGGCGACCAAGCAGCAAUCCCAGAAUUCUUGGGGCCCUCUAACUUCCAAUUUACUCCUAAUAGCAUCUGAAGGCAACAUUACUCCCGCGCACUACGACGAGCAACAAAACCUUUUUGGACAGCUGGUUGGCCAGAAGAGGUUUUUAUUAUUUGCACCUGAACAAUUUGAAUGCCUCUAUCCACACCCCGUAUGGCACCCACAUGAUCGGCAAAGCCAGGUUGACUUCGACCAUCCCGACCUAGAGAGGUUUCCAAAUUUCAAGAAAUUGUGCGGAUAUGAGGCAAUCAUAAAUCCUGGUGAUGUCCUCUAUGUGCCAAUGUACUGGUGGCAUCAAGUGGAAUCAUCGAUGCAGGGCAGCUAUACAGUCUCUGUGAACUUUUGGUAUAAGAGUGGUCCAGUAGAGAAAGUAGUGUACCCCCUAAUGGGACACCAGAAAAUGGCAAUCAUGAGAAAUGUAGAAAAAAUGAUAACAGAGGCCUUGAAAGAUGUGAAUGAGGUGGGGCCAUUGCUACGAACACUGGUGAUAGGCCGUUACACAUAAACGUGGUGACUACUAAUUUAAAUGUGCUAUACUCAUAUAAUAUACAGGGUGUUUUUUUUUUUCUUUUUUUUUUCUUUUUACGGAAUUGUUAUAAAACAACUAGCGGAGCAAAAUAGAUGCUGUUCUAGCAGGUGGGUUAUAUGAAUAGAUAUAGAUAUGGUGGGCAGGUUAUACGUAUAGGUAUGGUGGGCAGGUGGGCCAGGCGAACAUCCUGUAGGACAGCUUAUGCAACUACUGGACGAUUAAUUAGAUAAAACUCAUUAAUUAACUCCAGUAGUCCAGUAGAGCUGAGAUUAGUUGGACAUAAAAAUUACUAAAAUCGGGACAAAAGCAGGACAGGAAAAGCUAAAAAAUCGGGACACCUUACGGGACAACGUACCCAUAUCUAAAUAUGUCCAAACUGCUUUUAUCAGCUUUAGAUUAUUUUGAUUUAGAUUAUUUAGAUACUCGUUUUGCAUCACCGAAACUGAUAGUCUAUUCUCGUACUUCGAAGGGUAUGGUCAGGAACAUUUCAAGCGUCUUUUUGCUCAGGCCAUGCCUUUUCUCCGUUACCUGACUUUCCCUGACUCGCUUGCUUCUUGUUUCUUUCUCUGGUGAAGUUGUGAUAACCCACAUGCUCUUGAAUCUUGUUUCGAUUAUCCCCUCACUUGUUGAGGUGACUUAAGAACUUCACACAAUAUCCGUGUCCAUACGAAAACCGAAUUGCCUACAGGCAUGUCUGCUAAAUAACGGGAGAAAAUCUGGACAACCGGGACAGUCUGUAAUCUUCCGGGACACUCAGCACAAAUUCUAGACACUUCGGGACAAUGAAGUUGGUGAAAACCAGAUACGAACCGCUUGGUAUAUGUAUUCUUGUAGCUGACACUAUUAUCAGGACAGCAUUUCAAAAUCGGGACAUGUCCCGAAAAUCCCAGCACUACUUAUUAAUUAGAUGUUUUUUGGGAAAUGCGAGAUGGCAGAAUUGAAGCAGCCACUCGUUAUUCAAGUCCAUCGUCCUUAUUAUGCUCCCUGAGAAGCGAACGUACUUCGAGAUAUGGAUUGCUAAAUUUCGCUAUGCAAAUGAGCCGAAACAAGAACUACGCACCACUCGAACGCAGAAAGAGCAACGGGCAAUCCAUGUGAGACAGCCACAUGCUUUGGAGCGAUGGAGCUGAUUGGCUGAUUGGAGUAGGUGCUGACCUGUUGGCCAGAUAGACCGCUAUCCGACUCAGAUAAGGUGAAGGUCGUGUUUUACCACCUCGCGCUGGCCGUGUCACGUUGAGACUGGGAGGUACCCGAGUUCAAAUCCCGGUGCAAGCUAUGUUCUCUCGGGUUUUUCCUGGGCUCUCCUCAGACGCUGUCGGCCUAGGAUGUCGCAUGUGGAAUGUCGCAGAUGCUGUCGCCCUCUCCUCAGACACUGAGUUCCCUCAGAAGUCGGCCUAGGAUGCACAUUCCCCCAGGGCGUUAGUCGUGACAUUGCCACCUCUGUGAGGCCAACAAUGACGAGCUCUUGCAUGUUCGGCUCGUUUGCAUAGCGAAAUUUGACAAUUUAUAUCUCAAGGCACGUUAGCUUCACAGGGUGUUUAAUAAGGACUGUGGAUUUGAAUAAGGACUGGCUCCAAUUCUGCAAUCUUGCAUUUCCCAGAAAACAUAUCUAAUUACUAAGUUAACUAAUGAAUUUUAGCUAAUUCGUCGCACAGUACGUGUUGUCCGCCACGCUGUGGCAUGCCUAGUUGUCACACGCUGUCCGCCUGGCCGUAUAACCCACCUACUAAAAUGGCAUCUAUUUUCCUCUGCUAGAUUUUUCUUUUUUUGUACAAAUUCUGUAACGAAUAAUUUAAAAAAAAAAACACCCUGUAUACUAAUUUUUACUGUGAUGCCAAAAUCGUGGGAGCAGACACAUUCAAGAUCGCCUGUGCACAUUUUUACCACAGCAUUAAUUGCCAUAAAUGAGCUUAAUGUGACUCAUUGGAGAUGUUUUGCUAUCUUGAUGUUGAAUAAUCACCACAGUAGUAGUGUCACAGUUCAGGUGCUUAGUAGCUGCAAAGUCAUAAGAUUUCUUGAAUGAAGGUAUGUGAUCAUAGGACACAUAUAGUAGGUGCCACGUGACAUCAACCGGUAUUUGUCUGUAUGUGCACAUAACGUUGUUAAACAAUCUGAAACAGCGUAAUUGUAUGCUUUUAGUUGUGCCUUAUCUUCUGUGAAAAUAAAGGCUACAGUGCUUUCCUCA